UCAAAAUGGCAUCCCACAGUGUUUACUCGUUGUACACCAGCGCAAGAAUUUCUCUUAUCUUUCUCGCGAUCUCCAUCCGCAGUGCAUUGGCCGAGUUCUGCUUCACGGAUCAACAAGGCGACUCCAUCCCCGGGUUCGAGUGUCCCGGGGAAACCGACGAUUUCGAGGAUUAUAAAUGCUGUGGAUCGUCAGUCGACUACUUUUGCUGUAAUUUUGAAGAGUAUAACUAUUAUCGGAGAGAUUGGUGGAGUGCUGGUAAAAUCAUCGGUGUUGUGCUUGGUGCAAUCUGUGGGGCAGUCCUUUUCAUCAUCGUGGUUGUGAUCAUCUGUUGCUGUUACGUCAGAGACUUAAAGAAAACACGCAAUCAACAGGCAGCAAAUGGCCCGCAACAAAUGACCCAAGUCACUGCAACAACCCAACAGACCACUCAGCACCAACAAGUGGACGCCCAACAGCAGCGAAUGAUCGCGCGUCGGAAACAACUUUUAUAUGAACACGUUCAGGGUUAUCCAGAUCUAGGUCAGCAGCAGCAGCAGCCCGAACCGAAUCAAGACUACCUACGACAGGGUAGUAGUCUCCAUGCCAGUGCGAACCCCCUGCACUACCCGCAAUCAGACACCGGCCGUGCACCCCAAGUGCAGGCCCAUCAACCGGCCGCCGUGGUUAGAGCAACGCCACCGGUUUACCAUCAGCACCAGAAACCCAUGUCACCUCCUCCUUCGUAUUUUUCUCAUCAAUUGCCCCCUGCUGCUGGCGCCUACGGCGCUCCCGAGGUAGCACCACCACCUCCGCCAAGCUUCAACUAAAUUUGGACAAACUCUUAUUAUAGAUUUAGCUUAAAGAUCACAAGGCUGACCAAGUACUUCAAUUUUAUAUCUACCAAUAGAAACAAUAGAAACAAUGUUUGACUAUGAAUGGUACAGAUAAAAAACUCACUCUUCACCACGAUGUAACAAAUUCCACCAGUCAGAACGUGUCUUUUAAAUCAGGUAGGAACAUGUUUUCUUGGUAUCAUCUUGGUCAUAAAUAGCAUUGACAUGAGAAGGAGCUUUUGCUGACUUCGUACCAUUUUUGGAGGAGUGCCGAUGUGGCGGAAGAUUCUGCCCUCGGAGAUUCUUUCUCUGGUGGCGAACUGUGUAUAAAAUUAUUCUGAUAGCGCCCUCUUUUGAAUCCUCCUCGACUAAAAGUGUCUGUCGGUCUAUUUCCUGCCUCCGUGGUUUCAGCAUCCUUUCCCACGUUUUGAAUGUCGCCCUCUAUAUUUAGAAGAAAAUGCACGAUGUGAUGAUUUCGUUCCCAUCUGCAUCAAUACAUCCACAAGAAGAGCCCACCAACCCAUCCCUGGGUACGUUCGUUUAGCUUCCCUGGGUCGACCCGGUACGUUCGAAUAGCUUUGACGUCAUUCUUAGCUCUUGUCAGGGGCUCACCCGAGUGAGCCCACGGGGGUCGACCCAGGGAAGCUAAUCAAACGCACCCACUAUAUCAGUCUUGGACGAGACCAGUGGGGCACAGCAGAUUCCAUACAGUGUGACAAUCUGUCGUUGAGGUCGAGUUACAACAAAAUAAAUAUAAGUAAAUCAAGAAAUUUGUAGGAACCAUUUCUAAAAGAGAGUUUAACUCACCCCCAUCUCUGCUCUAUCUUUCAAAUCACCAUGGUCACAUUUUUUCGAAGCGUGGCUUUUUUAUUAAGUUCAGAGUACUAGAGGAAUGCGUGGAAGUGACACUGAAAGUUGCGAAUCGCCACACUACGGACGCCACCAAGUGACAGGUUUUGGCAACGAAACACUGUCUCGGUGCAUUCCAUGUCACUUUUCGAUUCUAUGGCUUCGGCUCCAGAUCAUUGGCUAGAGAUCAUUGCCCCAGAUUCGGCUUAGGCUAGCUGGGCCCCAGUUGUUUUGACAAUAAUUGCGCAUGCUUUGCGUACGUGCUCAGGGCUUCAGACGAGAGAACAGAGCCUGAAGCCGAAUCCAAAGCCGAAGCCGUGGAUUCGAAAAGGCCUCUGGACGGUUGUCCUAUAUUCAAUGCGACUUUACACUUCACCUUGUUUUCAUCUGAAAUAACUUCUUUAUCGGACUGACUUUAAUGCAUGACGAUUUAAAUCACAAAUGAACCAUGAAGGAGGUUAGUGCACAAGUCGGUGUGAAUUAUUCAUGAAAUUGAAAUUGCAAAAGUGACUAACUUUGAUUAAUACAAUUGAAGCAUCGUCUUCAAGAAGAAUGUUUUUUUUUCACGAAGUCUAGGCUACUUGUUCUCAUUAUUGUUUUAAUUACAUUAUUUCGUUUUGUUUAGUUCGUGUUUAUUUAUUUAUGUUCAGACAGCACUGUAUACGCAAUAGAUGAUUUUGAACAAAGCAUGUAAUUCUUUUUAAUCCUAAAAUGUUCAUGAUAUUUUACAAGGUGUUGGAGUCAAUCUGAAUAGUUUUGCUGGGAAUUCAUGCCAUACUGAUGUGGGUUCAUGUAGCCCUUGCGUUUACUUAUCUACUGGUAUUUUGACAAACACAAUUAUUUUAUCAAGAUUUAAUUUGCCGUAUAUUUUAUGAAAAUGUUGUUUUAUAUCUCGAGUUGGGCAACGACGAGAGCUGAUUUUCAAUGUCUGUUUUUCUAGAUUGAUGAAGCAACGUUUCCGUUACCCAAACAGUCAUGGUUCAGUGGUAAACACAUCUGACGCACAAUAUUAUGGUAAUUUCGAAAGCGUCACAGGCAUUGAAUUUAGAAUAGUAAAAUAUACCAAAGAUGAUGAGAAAAAGAGGUUAGAAUAUUAUAUUUUAACAUUUGUAAUCGCAAGAUUGUAAUUGCUUUGUGUAAAAUUCAACUAUUCUUAUUCCAAUUUCUAACAUUCAAAUUAAACUUAAACGGCGUUUUAAAAAUUAA